GAAAGGGGCGGGGGAGAGACGGCAGCCUGUUGAACGCAUGUGAUCAUCAAAUAAGCUCCCCGGACCCAUCUACAAACUGAAGUGAGGCAGCGAUAGCAGGAGAAACGGUUCAUAUGUGUUCCCCGUGUGUUCGCAUCUCAGAGCCAUCCGUAUUUUCCAACUAACCACGCUUUCCUGCAGAGAUCUUCCGCAACAGGGACCCGAGGUGCACAGCUGCCCCAGGCUAGGCCGUGCCGGUAUACAGCUCUUCGCGGGGGAUGUGAGUGGCGUCCCGGGAUAGGAGGGAGAGGAGGAGGAGGAGGAGGAGGAGGAGGAGGAGGAGGAGGAGGAAGAGGAGGAGGAGGAAGAGGGGAGCCAACAUGGCCCUCCUGGCGGGCGACGGCUCCGACUACGACUACAGCGCCCUGAGCUGUGACUCCGACACCUCGCUCAACCUCCCGCCGCCCCAGGAGACCGAGGCCCUCAAGGGGGCCUUCUACAAGCGGGCCCAGCUGGCCCCGGAGCCCACCGGCGGCUGUGGGGGGACGGACGCCGCCCCGCCGACGGCCGCCAGCGCCCGGCGCCGGCCCUACGCCGUGGUCAACGUGGGCGGCGUGCGCUACCAGCUGCCCUGGAGCACCCUGGAGGACUUCCCGCUGUCCCGCCUGGGCCGGCUGCACCUGUGCCGCAGCUUCGACGAGAUCAUGCGCGUGUGCGACGACUACGACGUGGCGCGCAACGAGUUCUUCUUCGACCGCAGCCCCUGCGCCUUCCGCACCAUCCUCACCUUCCUGCGCGCCGGCAAGCUGCGCUCGCUGCGGGAGAUGUGCGCGCUCUCCUUCCGCGAGGAGCUCCUCUACUGGGGGCUCCCCGAGGAGAGCAUGGAGUGGUGCUGCCGCCGCCGCCUCCUGCAGCGGGUGGAGGAGUGCGAGGAGCUGGAGCGGGCCGAGGACGAGGACCUGAUGGAGGACAUGAUGGAGACGGAGAGCGGCGGCGGGGGCCGGGCCGGGGGGUCCGGCGAGGAGGGCGGGGAGGGGGCCACGCGGACCAGCCGCUGCAUGGCGAGGCUGCGGGACAUGGUGGAGAGGCCGCAGUCGGGCCUGCCGGGGAAGAUCUUCGCCUGCCUGUCAGUGCUGUUCGUCACCAUCACCGCCGUCAACCUGUCCGUCAGCACCAUGCCCGCCAUGCGGGAGGAGGAGGAGGCGGGAACGUGUUCCCAGAUGUGCUACAACAUCUUCAUCGUGGAGACGGUGUGCGUGGCGUGGUUCUCCCUGGAGUUCACCCUGCGCUUCAUCCAGGACCGGAGCAAGCUGGCCUUCCUGCGGCGGCCGCUGAACCUCAUCGACGUGAUGGCCAUCCUGCCCUACUACAUCACCCUGGUGGUGGACAGCACCUCCACCUUGGAGAAGCGGCCCGGCUCGGGCAGCAGCUACCUGGACAAGGUGGGCCUGGUUCUGCGCGUGCUGCGGGCCCUCCGCAUCCUGUACGUCAUGCGCCUGGCCCGCCACUCCCUGGGCCUGCAGACGCUGGGGCUCACGGCGCGGCGCUGCACGCGCGAGUUCGGCCUGCUGCUGCUCUUCCUGUGCGUGGCCAUCGCCCUCUUCUCCCCGCUGCUCUACCUGAUCGAGAACGAGAUGGCCUCGGCGCGGGAGUUCAGCAGCAUCCCGGCCACCUACUGGUGGGCCGUCAUCACCAUGACCACGGUGGGCUACGGCGACAUGGUGCCGCGCUCCAUCCCCGGCCAGGUGGUGGCGCUGAGCAGCAUCCUGAGCGGCAUCCUGCUCAUGGCCUUCCCCGUCACCUCCAUCUUCCACACCUUCUCCCGCUCCUACGUGGAGCUGAAGCAGGAGCAGCAGCGGCUGCUGCAGCGCCGGACGCACUUCCUGCUGCGGAGCCGCAUGGCCGGCAUGGGCAGCAGCGACCUGUCCCUGGACAGCCUCUUCCCCGGGGGCACCGCCGAGCGCCCGGGCAGGCUCUGAGGGGGGGCAGGGAGGAGAGGGACUGAGGUCUCUGAGAGGGGCAGGGGGACUGAGGAG